AUGGCACACUCGGAUUUAUCAGAUAUUGAGAAUAACUAUACUCCACAAACACCAACAACAUCAUCAUCGAUAGUAGCACCAUCAUCUAAUUACAACCCAAUAUCAUAUCAAAAUAUCACUAUUGACAGAGAUAAUGAUGAUCCAGAUCAUCCAGAAUCUUACAUUUCAACAGAUACUCAAACACCAAAACCCGACGAUCAACAAUUGCAACAAAAACAAUCAUCAGGAGGAGUAACAAAGACUGUUGAUAUUAUUGGUUCAACUCCUUUGAUUGAAUCCAUUUUUAAAGGCAACUAUGAAAAUGCUGAAGAGUUGAUCUCCACCUCUCCACAAAUGAUCAAUAUUGCUGAACCCAAUCAAGGUUAUACUCCUUUAUUUUUAGCUGUUGAAAUUGAAAAUGAAGAGAUAGCAUUUAAACUAUCCAAACAAUUAAUAGAGGCUGGUGCUAUUAUUAGAGUGAUUACAAAGGGUGGAACUACUCCAUUUGCACAGGCAUGUUUAAAUGGUCAUCUUAGAGUUGCCCAAUAUAUGGCAUCACUUGACAAUCUACUUAUAACAGAGACUGUGGUACCAAUCCCACCUAUAUUGUUGGCCGCAGAACAAGGACAUUUAAAUGUAGUACAAUGGUUGACUUCCAAUGGUGCCUACAUCUAUGCCCAAAUAAGUAUCCCUCAAUCUACUACUAGGGGUCUCAUGGCUCUCCAUCAAGCAAGUUUCAAGGGUCACUUGGAAGUGGUUCGAUUCUUUGUAGAGCAAUGUGGAAUGUACAUCGAAGAUCGUUCAAACUUGUUGGGUGUGACCGCUCUCUAUAUGGCCAUUGAACAAAACAAGUUAGAGACUGCCAAAUACCUUUUGGAAAGAGGGUCUGAUCCCAAUGUGUGUCGUACUGAUGGUGUCUUUGGUCUAUACAUGUGCGCUCAAUUUGGAUCGGUAGAGAUGAUCAAACUUAUCCUUGGCUUUGGAGCUAAUCCAAAUCUAUUGUAUAAUGGAAAGACAGCUUUAGAUAUUGCCACACAGAAAAAUUUUACAGAAAUCAUCAAUAUUCUAACACCUCUUACCGAUCCAUCCCUUAUCAAAGAAUCAUCUUCAUCGUCCAAUUGUAGAAUCAUAUAA